UCAUUUCUUUCUUCAUCUUCUUCUUCUAUAUAUACUCCCUCUCUACCCAAACGAUCUUCACAACUCUAAAGCAAACGAGAAGUGUUCAUUUGCAAGCUACUGUGACAGAAGUUUUUCGAAAAGAAAUAAAUCCAAGAAGAACCAACUUCUUUUUGCUGUAGCUGGAGUUGAAUUCCACAGUUUGAUUCAGAAUGGCUCGCUCUUUCUCAAACGCUAAGCUUCUUUCUGCAUUCAUAGUCGAUAGAUUCUCUGUCGCUGCAAGCAGGCGAGGUUACGCGGCAGCGGCGCAAGGUGGGAGGAGCAGCGUGAUAGUGAAAAAAGGAGAAGAGUCAACAAAGACUCGUUCGUGGUCUCCAGAUCCCAUCACUGGAUACUACAGACCAGACAAUCACGCCAAAGAGAUUGACGUCGCCGAGUUACGAGAGACGCUCUUGAACCACAAGAUCAACCGCCCUUGAAACAAAACAAGUACCACUAGUAGAGGAAGAUGAUUUUCUCUCUCUCUCAUCCUAAAAAAAAAACGCAAUUGUCAAAGCUCUCUCUUGAUGACUCUGCUCUGGUGGCCUGUCCAACGAUUGUUGCUAUCUAUAUCAUUUUAAUUUCAUUUGCCUUAACGUUGAUGUUCUAUGUAUUCCAUCAACGUUUACAAUUCAGGAACAACCUUGGUUUCUUGGAAAGAACUAUAUGAAUAAAAAUUCUGAACUUCUUUAGCA